AUGUGGUUUAACGUUGUUGUUGUUGUUCUCUUUGCAACAAUCUCAUUUUCCCUUUUCAUCUCAGCAGUUUCUCUUAACCGUAGUAGUUUUCCAUCUGAUUUCCUGUUUGGAACAGCCUCUUCAGCUUACCAGUAUGAAGGUGCAGCACGUGAAGGUGGUAAAGGACCAAGCAUAUGGGACACGUUCACUCAUAGCCACCCAGAUAGAAUUGCGGGCCAUAGUAACGGGGAUGUUGCUGUUGAUUCAUACCAUCGCUACAAGGAAGAUGUGGCUAUGAUGAAGGAUAUUGGAUUUAAUGCUUACAGGUUUUCCAUCGCGUGGUCUAGAAUACUACCUCGUGGAAAUCUAAAUGGUGGGAUUAACCAAGAAGGUGUUAUAUAUUACAACAAUCUCAUAAAUGAUCUGAUAUCAAAUGGACAAAAGCCGUUUAUAACUCUAUUUCACUCUGAUCUCCCUCAAGCUCUUGAAGAUGAAUAUGGUGGUUUUUUGAGUCCCAAAAUUGAACAAGAUUUCGCAGAUUAUGCCGAAGUAUGCUUUAGAGAGUUUGGCGACAGAGUUAAGCAUUGGAUUACAUUAAAUGAGCCACUGCUUUAUAGCACUGGAGGUUAUGGAAAUGGAGGAUCCCCUCCCUCGAGGUGCUCAAAAUGGGUAGCUAACUGCAAUGCCGGUGAUUCUAGUACCGAGCCGUAUGUAGUUUCACACCACCUGAUUCUUGCUCAUGCCGCAGCAGUAAAAGUCUAUAGGACGAAGUUUCAGAAUACUCAGAAGGGUCAAAUCGGAGUAACACUAAACUCUGCAUGGCUUGUGCCACUAUCCCUAUCAAAAGCGGACAGAGAUGCUGCAUCUCGCGGUCUUGAUUUUAUGUAUGGCUGGUUCAUGGAACCCUUGAACUCCGGUUUAAACUAUUACACUUCAACUUAUGCAACCGAUAUACCUUGCCAGGGUGGAAAGCCAUCGGUUUUUACCGACAAUUGUGUUAGGUUUACUAGUUUAAGAAACGGAGUUCUCAUUGGUCCAAAGGCUGCAUCAGACUGGCUCUAUGUCUAUCCACCAGGAAUUCAGGGACUAUUACAAUACACUAAGGAGAAAUUCAACAAUCCAAUUAUUUACAUAACAGAAAAUGGAAUUGACGAGGUUGAUGAUGGAAAAAGGUCACUUAAUGACAAAGUGAGGAUAGACUAUAUUAGUCACCAUCUAUUGUAUCUUCAAAGGGCCAUAAUGAAUGGUGUGAGGGUGAAGGGAUACUUUGCAUGGUCGUUGUUGGACAAUUUUGAAUGGAAUGCUGGCUACACGCUCCGGUUUGGACUCGUGUAUGUAGAUUACAAGAACGGACUGCGAAGGUACCGGAAAAGGUCUGCCUUAUGGUUCAAGUUAUUUCUCCGCAAAUGA